AUGAGAAGGUUCUUAAGCCAGGAAGCAGCGAAAAGAUUUGACGAUAAGCUUAUGGGAGAACUUGGGUUUGCCACUGAAUCUCUGAUGGAGCUUGCAGGACUCUCAUGUGCCCAGUGCAUAUUUAAAGAAUAUAUUCCUGAUUCUGUUAUUGUUGUGUGUGGGCCUGGGAAUAACGGAGGGGAUGGGCUGAUAGCAGCUAGGCAUUUAUUUCAUUUUGGUUUCAGACCAACUGUACUCUAUCCCAAACCAACUUCAAACUUGGUUUUGACACGUCUCCUAACUCAAUGCAGGGUGCUUGGAAUUCCUAUUGUAGAUCAAUUAGAUGAUUACAGCUCUUUUAGCUUAAUUGUUGAUGCAAUUUUUGGGUUUUCUUUUAGAGGUGAUCUCAGAGAGCCCUUUAAAACAAUUAUCCAGAAAAUUAAAGAAAGCGGGAAGCCUGUGGUGUCUCUUGAUAUUCCCUCAGGGUGGGAUGUGGAAAACGGAAACAUUACUGGGGAAGGACUAGAGCCAAAUGUAUUGAUUUCUUUGGGUGUGCCCAAACUGUGUGCGACUUAUUUUAGAGGGAUCCACUAUAUAGGUGGAAGAUUUGUGCCCUUAUCGCUUGCUGAAGAAUUUCAAGUUGAUUUGCCUUUAUACCCUGGGUCAGACCAAAUCGUAAGGAUUAACUAA